AUGCAAUACUCCGAGAAGCGUCCUCUCCAGAAUGCAGUGGACCUGUCCCAUCACCUCUCGGACCUCGCCCUCUCCCGGGCGACGUCACCGCUCAAGGGCUUGGCGCGGUACUUCGGCCGAGAGGGCAUAAUCAGCCUCGCAGGAGGCAUGCCCAACCCCGACUACUUCCCUUUCGCUAACAUCUCCGGCGACGCCCUCAUCCCCGACUCUUUUGCGAAGACGGCCUCGAUCACUGUGCCAAAGUAUCCCGUGAAGCCCACCGAUGUCAACCUCGCAGUUGCGCUGCAGUACGGCACUGCGACCGGACUCCCGCAGCUCCAGAAGGCGGUCAACGAGUUUGUCGAAACCACCUUCCAGCCUGCUUACGCGGACUGGAAGACUCUGCUGGUCCGCGCGAUCACUACUCUUUGCAACCCGGGCGAGCUGUUCAUCACCGAGGACUGGACUUAUCCUUCAGCUCUUGCGAACAGCAAGCCGUACCACAUCAACCCCGUCGGUGUGCCCAUGGACGAACAAGGCAUGCGGCCGGAUGCUCUGCGCAAGAUGCUCGCGGAGUGGGAUGACGUUGAGCGGGGACACAAACGCCCCCAUGUGAUGUACACGGUGCCCAUUGGUCAGAAUCCCACCGGCAUCUCUAUGGGGUUGGAACGUAAGAAGGAAAUCUACGACAUCUGUGUCCAGUACGACAUUAUCAUUGUCGAGGACGAUCCCUACUAUUUCUUGCAGAUGGGCGAGUACGUCGCGAAGUCGAUGCGGUCUUCGCAAGUAGAGUUCUCGGACUCCAAGGCGUGGAUUGCCAGCCUUGAGCCCUCUUACUUGAAGAUUGACUACCAGGGGCGGGUAAUUCGUCUUGACACAUUCUCCAAGAACAUUGCCCCAGGUGCCCGGCUUGGGUACUUUACUUGCAACCCGCGCUUCGCCGAGCGGUUGGAGCGCGCGGGUGAGACUACCACGCAGGCUCCAUGCGGGUUCGGCCAGGCACUCGUUGCGCAACUGCUGACCACUUGGGGCUACGAUGGUUAUGCUCGAUGGCUUCAGGGCCUGGCUGUGCAGUACAAGGCGCGCCGCGACUUCCUCCUGGAUGCUCUCUCCGAGGAGUUCAGCAUGCGCGAGUCCGUCGGCACCGCCGGCUCUUGGACUGGCUGCACCGUUUACACCGCGUCUGUGAAGCCCAAGCGCUUCGAGAUGUAUGAGAAGACUAUGCAGCAGGAGCUGUUCAGCAUCGUACCACCGUCGGCAGGCAUGUUCCUUUGGGUGCGGCUGCACUUCGAGAACAUCCCUGGCUUCAAGUCCGGGGAUGAAGCUUCGUUGGAGAUGAAGUUCUGGGAGCAGCUUGCGGAGGCUGGUGUUCUCGUUGGUCCUGGCACGUACUUCGCUUCCGACGCCGACGACGUCAGUCCCGUGGAAGGUCAUCUGCGCAUCGCCUUCAGUUACGCUUCGCAAGAGGAAAUGAUCAAGGCGGUCAAGAUCUACAGUGACGUGAUUCGCAAGUUCUUCCAGGAGGCACACUAG